AUGCGUAGAACAGUAAAUCAGUGCCCUGUCGAUAUCAUCUUAGCACCAUCAGGACACCCCUUGAUCAAUGUUGCGUACGCUGACGAUGUUGUUAUAUUCGCGGAAAGCAGUACGAAACUUGUAUCGAAGCUGGUUGCAGCCUAUGGACUACGUCUACGCCCUGAUAAACGCAAGCAGAUGUGGAAUUCUUUGUUUGAAUGUUUUCCGUACAUCCUGAUUCCCGUUCGAGAACUCGAACGGGAAUCAGGAUGUACGGAAAACCGGUCGAACGAUGAGUUUUGCUACUUGGGCUGCAUCCGGUACAACGGCUGCUACGAGAAAGACGCUCAGCAAAGAUGUGCUGAGGUCACUUCACUAUUAAAGUUUUCAAAGAAAUGUCUCGUUUCUCAUCAUCAACGAAGACAAGCUGUGAGAUUGCCUAUAUUCAAUUCGCCCCAUCAUGUUGUACGGGUCGGAGGCUUGGGCAGCACCGUCUAUGGUGAUGGAGAAGCUUGA